AUGUAUUUGUCUCCACCGUCACCACACAAUCAUUAUCAACAUCGACAUCGACAUCAUUCAUCCAGUUCACAUAAUAAAGAUUCUACUGAAAAUGAUCAACAACGAACAAAUUAUAUAAUUGAUACAUUUUUAAAAAGUUUUACCAAUGAUAUACGUGAAAAUCCUAAAGCAUGGCGUAAUCGAUUUCGUAAAAUGGCUGCAAAUGAAUUUUCAUUUUAUCGUGGUUCAGCUGUUUUAUUUUAUCGUGAUAUGCUAUAUGAUUCAAAAUAUGAUCCAUGGUUAAAAAAAUCAACACAAUCAGCUGUAUCGAGUGUUAUUCAAGAUCAAAAUCUUCAAUAUUAUUUUCGACAUGAUGGUCUACGAACUGUUUUAUGUGCUUAUGCAAUGCACGCUGUUUCAUCACAAUGGUUAGGUUAUGCAACACUUAAUAAUCAAAUACCAUUAGUAGUUGAUAAAGUUACAACUCAUAAUAAAAAUCUUGAAUGGAAUAAUAUCAAUGAUUUUGAAGAUACUUGUGUAACAGUUGAAUAUUUGGGUAAAGCUAUGGCAAAAAUUCAUUGUAUAUCUGAUAUUGAUUCGAUUGAAAAAGAAAAACAUGCAGGACAGCAUACUGAUUUAUUGCCAUUACAUAUUAUACCGAGACAUACAGAAAAAACUAUUCGAAAGGCUAUUGGUGGAAAUGAUGAAGGUUUUAUUCAAGAUAUGAUUUCAUUUGCUAUGACAUAUGGUAAUAGAGUUCGUCGUGAUCAUCGACUCUUUUUUGAAGCAUUUCGUAAUGGAAGAAUUCCUAUGUUACAAGUUGAUGAAUCUCAUUCACAACCCUACUCUGGUUCUCCUUAA